GGUGACUUUUAAAUACAAUGGCUCUACAAUCGUCCCUGGAGACCAAGGGGUAGACUAUGAAACCUUUAAAAGGAAGUGCACAGAUGAUGUUCGAUUGUUUGGCUUUGUCCGAUUCACCACCGGCGAUGCCAUGAGCAAGCGAGUCAAGUUUGCCCUCAUCACUUGGAUUGGAGAGGAUGUCAGUGGCCUGCAGAGAGCCAAAACUGGGACCGACAAGACUCUGGUCAAAGAAGUAGUACAGAACUUUGCCAAAGAAUUUGUGAUCAGUGACCACAAAGAGCUGGAUGAGGAUUACAUUAAGAACGAGCUGAAGAAAGCAGGGGGGGCUAAUUAUGAUGCACAGACUGAGUAAACGCACAAACCUCCUGGCACCAUCACCUGGAUCUCAAAGGGAGGGGAAAGGCACAACAAACUAACACAACUGAGAGAUGAGGCAACUGAAAUCCCCAGCUUUCUGUGUGUGCACCUAAGAACUCCCUUCCUUUGCGUACAGCGGACUUUUUUUUUCCAUUCCAUCUCAUGAAACAUCCCUCUCUGGGGUUCUGUCAUUUCCACCCCCCCAUUUUUUUACUCAUAACUCUGUCUGUGUUCUCGCAUCUGUGGAAUUUAGGUUUGGCUCUGCUUUGGUCCUGUUCAGCAUUGUGUUCGUAGAGGCUUGCCAUUGUGUCCUUCUUCGUAUGCGUGCAUGUCUGUGUGUCUUAGUUGGGUUCAACCUGGUCUCUGAGGAGAGAAAGUUUUGGGGGAGUUCUGAACAUGGAUUAUUUUAAUUUUUUU